AUGAGUAGUGCCGGUGGUGUCAAACACGUUGCAAAUGUGCAGUACAACAAAGGGGUACGAUCUGUACAAAGUGUACCGUUAAUUGUCAUCCAGGAGCAACGCUAUCAUCUAAAUCCAUCUAAAUCAAAAUGGAUUACGAUUGGGCGAGCAUAUCAGUGGAGCUUCCAACCUGUACUCAAUAUCAAGGGUUUAAAAACCGAGGGCGUUACGUUAAAUGAAGAAGACUGGUAUGAAGUAUUGAAUCAAGAAGGCAUUAUAACCAAUUUUUUCUUCAGUGAUGAUAUUUUCCAUCCGAUCCAAGGUAACUCCUUCUGUAUCAGCUUUGAUAGAUUUCCAGAUUAUCAAACCAUCAAAAUUGAAGAUCGGUGGAGUAAUGUAGUUUACUUGGGUAAAGAGACCGUAUUGAAGUUAUUUCAAUUAGCCCCGCUGAUUGCCUACACGAUGAAUAUGUUGAAAACUCAGGAGUUCCAAAAAUAUUUUACCACACUCGUCCAGGAUGUACAAACCAAGCACAUAGAUGUACGAGACUACAUUAUGUAA